CACUAGUCUAAAGUGGAGUAUUUAUGAGAAGUGUUUAACUUCGCCAUAUAGCUUUAAUUAAUUUAUUGUAUUUCCAUAAUAGUAAAUCUUUGCAAUUCGAUGUUUAAAACUCAUUGAGUUUCAAGUUGAAUUGCAGUAAACAAAACAUGUCAAGUUCAGUACCAGAUAACCCAUUAAAUGCCUAUGAUGGAGCCAAAAACCCUUCUCUUCAGCUCAAAGAUCAAAAUUUAGAUGCUAAACCAAGCAACACUGAAGAUAAUUGGAUGCCAUUGCCACUGGCAUCAAAUUGUCCACCAGGAUUGGAGUAUUUAACUAAAAUCGAUAAAUUUUAUGCCGCUAAGGAUGAAAAUCGUCGUGAGUCGAAGAACACUUAUCUUAUUAGAAACGAUUCGGCCCAGAAGGUUUAUACUGCAGUUGAAGAUUACGACAAAUGCUGUCUGAUUUGUUGUAACACUACCAGACCAUUCGAUAUAAGAGUUCUCGAUUUCCAGGAACGCGAAGUUCUUCAUUUUCAUCGACCUUUAGGAUGUCAAUCUUGUUGGUGCCCGUGUUGCCUUCAACAUGUGCAAGUGACAGCUUCUGGUGUCGUAUGUGGUUUUAUUAAACAAACUUGGAGUCUUCGUAAGACUAAAUUCAGACUCUGUGAUGCUACUGGGAAAACUGUUUUACUGAUCCAAGGGCCAUCUGACCAUUACCUUUUAAACCAAUUCAAAGUAUUAUCAAGUGAUGGUAAAACUGUAUUUGGGAAAGUUACUGCGCUAAGGGCAGUGAAAUCACAAAAAAACUUUAGCAUUUCAUUUCCAAUGGAUUUAGAUGUUAAUAUUAAAGCUGUAUUAUUGGCCGCUUUCAUCCUAAUUGAUUGCUUGUACUAUAAAAGAGCACCCAGGACUAACAGUGAUUUCAGAAGUGCGUUUUCUGUGGGUUGGGAACUUGGAUAUUGUUUAGCCAUGUGUUUCACCUAGUAAUUAAUUGAUCUGACUUAAGAGAAUAAUUCUAAAGAAAUUCUUAGGAAAACUGAUCAAUAUCGAUGUAUCGGAGUAUUGAUGUUUGAAAUUUUCAAGAUUGACCAAAUGCUGAUAAAUGGUCAUUUGUUUGA